AUGGCUGAAUCCACGCCUCGAUUCCUCUUCCUCGUCUCUCUCGUGGUGGCGGCGCUCGCCAUGGCCACUGUGCCAGCGGCGGCGGCAGCGCAUGAUGCAGGGGGCCGCAGCCGCCUCAUCCACCUGCACUUCUACAUGCACGACAUCACGGGCGGGCCGGGGCAGACGGCGGUGCAGGUGGUCAAGGGUCCAGGGCCGGCGCACCCGGCGAUGCCCGGCUACCACUUCGGCGACACCACGGUGAUCGACGACGCCCUGACGGACGGGCCCAGCGCGUCGUCGUCGCGGCUCGUGGGGCGCGCCCAGGGCACCUACACGCUGGCGUCGCUCACGGAGCCCGUGCUGGCGGUGUCCAUGACCGUGGCGCUCACGGGCGGGGCCUACAAUGGCAGCACCCUCGCCGUCGUGGGCCGGGACGACGUCUCCGCUGGCGUCAGGGAGCUCGCGGUGGUCGGCGGCACCGGCGCGUUCCGAAGUGCCACGGGCCACGUGCUGUGGCGGACGGCGAGGAUGGAGUCCAGGGACCACAUGGUGCUGGAGCUCGACGUCUACGCCACCGUGCCGGGCGCUAGUCCCGCGCCACCUCCGCCGGCCGGCGUCGUGCGUCAGGUGGCCUGA